UUAAUUGAUUAUCAAUACUCAAAAAUAAUAAUAAAUAUGAAUCCAAUAAAAUAUAUAAGCCCCGCGCCAAAUUCAGGUACGGUCGUUAAACACGUCGCCUCAUACUCAGCCACCACACGAUGAGCCAUGAACCCCCAUAGUAUCACACACACUUCUACUCCUCCAUUCUCAACUCCAAUUUACAUGGCGAUGAUUUCUUCUUCUGUUCAAUCCACUCUCCACAAACCCUUUAUAUCCCCAAAACACUCUCAACUUAAUCGAAUUCCCCUUUUGGCUUCUCGUCUCCGCUACUCCUCCUCCACCAGGACCACCACCAUUCGUGCUACCUCCGCCGUUACUGUUAAACCGGUGUCAAACGUCGAUAAAAGUGGAAAUUCCGAAUCCCCUGAGGUUUUCGCUUGCCCUGUGUGCUAUGAGCCUCUGAUAAGAAAAGGUCCUCCGGGUAUUAAUUUGGGGGCAAUUUAUAGGUCUGGGUUUAAGUGCAAGAAAUGUGAGAAGACGUAUUCGAGCAAAGACAUAUAUUUGGACUUGACUGUAACUGCUGCAUUGAGAGACUAUACUGAGGUGAAACCAACUGGGACUGAGUUAUUUCGGAGUCCGCUGGUUUCAUUUUUAUAUGAAAGAGGGUGGCGUCAGAACUUCAGCCAAAGCGGUUUUCCUGGUCCUGAUGAAGAGUUUAAAAUGGCCCAGGAAUACUUUCAAUCUGCUGAAGGUGGUCUUCUUGUAGAUGUUAGCUGUGGGAGCGGUUUAUUUACUAGAAAGUUUGCAGAAUCGGGAACAUACUCUUCUGUAGUUGCACUUGAUUUUUCUGAAAACAUGUUGCGUCAGAGUUAUGAGUUCAUUAAGAGAGACGGGAAGCUUUUAAACAGUAAUCUUGCCCUUGUGAGAGCAGAUGUUUCCAGGCUCCCCUUCGCAUCAGGUUCAGUUGAUGCCGUCCAUGCUGGUGCCGCUUUGCAUUGCUGGCCUUCUCCAACCAAUGCUAUUGCUGAAAUUACUCGUAUAUUACGGAGCGGUGGGAUCUUUGUUGGAACCACAUUUCUGAGAUACACUUCGUCUACCCCCUUGAUAGUAAGGCGUCUCCGGGAGAGGGCUCUCCAGCCGUACAGCUAUUUAACAGAGGAAGAGAUCGAAGACUUAUGCUCAUCAUGUGGUCUUACCAACUAUUCAAGCAAAGUAGAGAAAUCUUUCAUCAUGUUUUCUGCUCAGAAACCUUGAUAGAUACCAAGUACGAAUCCAAUUGAAUAUCAUUUCCAUUUCUCCAUAAUCAACCUUUGUUGUCAUAUUCCUCCAUUUAUUUUGUUGUACAAUGUAAAAUCAUUUACUUUAGAAAACAUUUCAAAAUAAAAUAAAAUAAAAAUAAAGUCCUACAACAAAUGCAAAAACCUGAAAAAGGUUAUGAACCCGGGGCAGA